CACAAGACCACCACCACCAACAAGACCACCAACAAGACCACCACCAACAAGACCACCACCACCAACAAGACGACCACCACCAACAACAAGACCACCACCACCACCUCAUCAACAACAACAACAACAACAACAACACCACCACCAACAACAACAACAUCUACUGCGGCUGCAGGAGAUUGUACAGGUUCUUGUGAUCUGGACUUGGUCAUGUUGGCUCUGCGUGUGGCUGAACUCCUCCUGAUUACUGUGAUCACUGUUCUUCUCUUCAGAGCUCGAGGGAACCAGAGACCACCUGAUGACAUCACUGUGCUUGAUGAUGGAGAUGAAGGCUCAGUGAACUAUGAAAAUGUUGGAGAACCUUCUGCUUCUGUCAGACUCCACUGAUCAACAACUUCCACACAAACAUCCACUCAGCAGAUACAUUAAUCCACCGCUUUUAAUCAUUUCCAUAUCGUACUUUUGAGCAUAAAAACAUGGAUCCACAUUUCAUUUGAGGCACUAAGAGAGGAUUUGAUUUAAUGUCCUGAUGUGAAAUAUUGUGUUGAUAUUUGUUAAGUCUUCCUUGAGCAAAAUAAUUAAACAAAGGCUCAAGCGUAGUGAGAUGUGUAGCUCAAAAACCUUCUUAUUUAUGUCUGUAAAAUCCCUCAUAUCAGCCUCUGUGUGAAACGGUUCAUUUCAGCUGCUGUCUCUUUAAGACCCCCGUCCCCACGUUCCCACUUUCCUCUGAUUGGCCAGCUUUGCUGAAACUUCCUGGGGACAGAACCAAUGAGCGUCCGGGUGGGCGUGUCCUUGAAAGAGCUGCCUGGGUUGGGCAACUUCUGCAACUUUGCUCCAUGCUUUGUUCUGAUGCGUCGGUGACUAAGUUUCACAACGAUGUCGUUCAGAGCAGCAGGAAACCACAUACGGGGAUUACACCAACAUCUGUUUAUCUUGUGUUUGAAAAAACUUUUCUGAGGUUUAUUAUGGACAUCCUACAAGGUAACAUUAUAUGUAUGUUUUUAAAUUUGGAUCAGCAUCAUAGAUCUCUCUUAAUGUUCUUCAGUCUGUUAUAAACACGUCUUUAUUAAAUCAUAUUAAAAUGUCAUCUGCAUAUAAAGAAACAUUAUCCUC